CGGUCGAGUAUGGCAAACCUAAAUGAUCUUGGAUACCCCUUCUGGUUUUCCCUGGAUCUUUCCUUCCAAAGCCGUCUCAUUCAAGUUCACAACUGGUAGACCCUCUUCAUUCUUUCGGCAUUUUGUUUGUUGCUGCUGUGUUACUUUUCAAAAGAACAGCAACAUUACACCACCAUGCCCACUCGCAACGCCGAUUUACGCCAUGGCAGCGAUGCUCCCAUUGGAGGUAUCAAUUUGAGCGAUGAUGAUGACGACGACGAGUACGCAGGAGAAGAGACGUUUGCCACGGAUGUGGAUGUGCCUCCAGUGGUGGCUCGAGCGUAUGCCGCCAGCGCGGAUCCUCCCAGUACCAACACGUACCAAAGCUACAACACCAACGAGACGUCCGUGUUGGAAAUUCCGGAAACUCCCCAAGGGAAUCUGUGGGAUCAGUCCAUGAUUCGAAUGAAGGGCGAAGGCGUCCAAGACGCUCCUCCCAUGGUGGAAGCUACCCCGCCUUCUUCACCCGCUCGUCGCGCUUCGGCCCAUUAUCAACCCGUUCGUCCCGCGGAACCGGGUCAGCUCCAACAGACCAGCAGCCACGGCAGCGGUAGUGGUGGUAACAACGAAAAGCGAGUGGCCCGACGACCCUCGGAUGCCCCGCAAAAAAUCGAUCCAAGCCCCCGUCGCCAGUCGGAUGGAGGGAUCCGAAAAGCGGGACUUCGCCAGAGUGGUCACCACCACCAACAACAGCAACAACCAGGAGCUUUUAAUGAAGCCAAUCAACAACGAUCACCGGCGGCUCCUGCUCCAGCUCCGUUGCCUCCUCCACCACCAUUAACACCCGCACCAGCACCAGCUCCCACCCCAUCUCUCCCAGUAGCCGAUGAUGUGAUUGUGGCCGAUGCCACCUUGGUCAAGCCCGUGGCAGACGUGAUCGCCAUGGGAGAUGUGGAAACUCCUUCCAAUAUGGAAAAUCAACCCCGCACGUCUUCCACCAACAGCGACAACAAUAAUAAUGAACAACAACAAAAAACACUCAUGUAUUUCACGGGAUUAAUGUUUUUGGGAUUGAUCUUGGUACUGGUGGUGGUCGUCGUGGUGGUCGUCAUGUUGACACGCCCAUCCGAUCCUCCCGCUCCAGCACCGACAGCCAUUGAUGAGGGAGGAGCGUCGAAUUUUCCCACCACCGUUGCUCCGGAUUUCCCGACAGUGCCAGUGCCCGAUGUCCCCACAGUUCCAGCGCCUGAACCCGACGCCCCCAUCGCUCCAGCACCUGAACCUGAUGCUCCCACAGCUCCAGCUCCUGAACCCGUAGCUCCCGAGCCAGCCACCAGUGCUCCCACAACGGCUCCCUCCGCCAAUACCGACGCCCCCACCACCACAAAGCCCUCUGUGACGCCCACAACAGCUCCCUCGGCUGCGCCAUCCAUGAGUCCUUCGAUUGGCACGUUGCCGCCCACUGCCGCCACUCCAGAGCCAACCACUUUGGCGCCCACAUCCUCGCCCACCAAUACUAUUGUUACUCCGCAACCCACAUCACUGCCACCCACUCCCUUUCCAACGCUUCGCCCUACGCUGCCACCCACAACCCCGCAACCCACUCCCUUUCCAACGCUUCGCCCUACGCUCCCACCCACAACCCCGCAGCCCACGCCCUUUCCUACCGCCGAGGCCACCACCUUUGUCGAUACGUUGCCCGAUUUCACACAAGUGGCGAUUCUGCAGGAUCCGGCAUCGGCACAAAGCCGGGCAUGGGACUGGCUCCGGCUCCGACAUCCUCUAUUCCGAACCAUGGCACAGUGGCAACGAGAACAAUUGUUUGCCUUGGCCACAUUUUUCUACUCGUACAAUGGGGCCGAUUGGUCCUCCAGCGAAGGAACGAAUUGGUUAAACGGAAAUGUGGACGAAUGCCUCUGGGGCGAUUCCGGUAGCAAUGCCAAUAGGUGCAACGACAAUGGCCGUAUCACCAAAUUGUCGCUGGAAGAAGAGACCGUCAAUGAAGUGGUUGGAGUGACGCCUCCCGAAUUGAUCUUGCUGACGGAUUUGCAGGAUCUCCGGAUUUUUACCAUGGAUUUGGUGACCAAUUUUGAAGGGGUGCUGCCCACGCAACUCGCCAACCUCACGGACUUGUCCAAUUUGCACUUGUAUAAUUUGGAAGUCACGGGAACCUUGCCGAGCUACAUUGCAGACUUUCAGCAAUUGACUUCUCUUAACAUUCGAUCCAACCAACUGACUGGACCAUUGCCUACAGAGUUGGGAUUGAUGACCAACUUGAGAUUCUUGGUCGUUCGCUCAAACUCGUUCGCGGGCACUCUCCCCACCGAAAUGGCCAACAUGGCUUCUCUAGAGUCGCUCACAAUCAACGAAAACGGUCUGACGGGCACCAUUCCAUCGGCGUUGUGCGCCUUACCGUCACUCACCACAAUUCGACUGGAUUGUCUCAAACUGGUAGCUCCUGUGGCCUGCGAUGGCAUUGGUGUCAUCUGCGACGACGCCGAUGACGACGCUGCGGCUCCCGCAACUCCGGCACCGGCACCCGUUGCCAACACGCCCACGGCUGCAACCGCCUUUCCUACCACGAACACGUUGGUCUUGGGUGUUCCCGAAUUCAGUUUGGCAGCCCUCCAGGACGCCUCCAGCCCACAAUUUGCCGCAAACGCAUGGUUGGCAGGCUGGACCGAGUAUUUUGUACCCGAGUGCGAGUGGGGUGAUACUGGUGACCCCAAUGAGUGCAACGCCCAAGGAGAGAUCACCACGCUUUCCGUGGAGUUUGUUGACGAGUUUGUUGGAAUUGCCAUGCCGCCCGAAUUGGCCUUGCUGUCCUCGUUAGAAAAACUUGUUGUGGAAUCGAAUAGCAAUCUUGUGGCGGACGUCUCUGCCAUGCUCCCCGCUCAGCUUGUCCAUUUGCCGCUCAGUGUCAUUUUUAUGGAAAACAACGCAAUGACGGGGACUCUGCCCAGUCAGCUAUUCGGAAUGAGUGGUCUUACCAACCUCAGGCUGAAUGGAAAUCAAAUUUCCGGCCCUAUUCCUUCGGAGAUUUCAUCCCUUCAGGAGCUCCGGUUUUUGAGUCUUUUCAACAAUCCACUGACUGGAGAGAUUCCGUCCGAACUUGGCCUCAUGACCAACCUGGUUUCCAUUGUGCUUGACCAAACCCUCAUGUCUGGAACAGUCCCUCAUGAAGUCUGUGAUUUGCCACUCCAGCUGCUGGAUAUUGACUGCACCAUGAUAGAGCCACCGCCUUGUGCACAUCAAUGCGGCAACACAAGAGAAACGAGGGACUAG